AUGGAGGCCGAGGCGGGGCAGAGGCUGCGGGCGUUGCGGAUGGAGGCGGCGGAGUACUACCGGAGCCACGGAGUGCCGCAGCGGAUGGAGGACGCGCUCAACACGCUCUUCCCCCAGCGCCCCGGGGAUCUCUACGGGGAGCUGGCUAACUACUUAUCUAAAUUUUCAAAAGUUCCAGUAAUAUCCAGAUUAGUUGGAAGAAAAGUUCUUGAUGGAGUUGGUCAGCCAACACUGGAAGUGGAAACACACUGUACAGUUAGAAACUAUGAGAGGAAGAUUUGCUCUGUUGUCAUGUCUUCGCAUUUCCAAACACUUGUAAAUGCUUUACCUGAAACAAUUGAAGCUGAUGAGAAAGAAAGGAAUAACUCUGUUAACACUGCCGUGGAAUGGGUCAAUGAAUCGCUGAGCACAAUGUUAAGAGACGUGAAGCCUACUGACCAGGGUGGAGUUGAUAAGAUGCUUGGUGAAUACUUUACAAAAAAGGUAGAGGAAAAAGAAGAAAUUCGAAAGCGAGAAGAAAAGGAAAAAGGCGAAGAGUCCCCUUCAUGCGUUCCACCAGCAACAGCACUACCUGGGGGAAAAAAAGCAGCAAAACAAGGAAAGAAGGUGUCAGUUCCAGAGAAAAUGAUCCCACCUGCAGAACCCAUUGAAUUGGUGCUUUGUGGCAGCUUAGCCAUUGGGGGAACAUCCCUUGCUAUAGCUAAGGCUGGUGCCACCAUUAACCGUGUCCCGUUGUACUUACAUAUCUCACUGCUGAAACACAAUCAGGAUUCACCUAAAGAAAUGACUCUACCACUCCCAAUGGUUACUGUAUUGAACUGUGAAAAAACUGCAAAACUGAAAUUAGUGAAAGAAGUUAUGCUUAUACCACCAGUUCAUUUAUCAUUCAAACAGGGCUUAGAAAGAGCUCUGGAUAUUCAGAAAGAAUUUAUGAGACUGUUGGAUCUGCUAAGCAAAGAGCCCAGUCCUCGAGCAGCAGACAGUAAGGAAGGAAAAGCACAAAAUACAAGGAAGAAAUCUGUGCAACAAGCCUCAAAAAGAGUAUCACACUUAGGAUGCCCAAUAACAGGAUGUGAUAAUCUAGAACAACUGCUACUCCUAAUGCAAACAGCUUGCGACAAUAGAAGCCUGCAGUUAGGAAAAGAUAUGUACUUAGCAAUAAAUUGUGCUGCUCAUGAAUUAAUGGAUUAUAGUAAAGGCAAACAUGAAAUACUCACUGGAACAUUCAAAAGCCCUGAUGAAAUGAUUAAGAUGUAUGUGGAGCUGACUGACAAAUUCCCUUUUAUUAUUGCAUUAAUAGAUCCCUUAAGAAAAGAGGACAGGCAGCAAUGGAGUAACAUAUGCUGUGCUCUUGGUUCCAAAUGUUUCCUGAUUGCUGAAGACGCUGCCACGUAUAUUUCCAAACUUAAAAUUGACCAAAACUUAAAUGUACCAACGUGCAGUGGUGUUGUCCUAAAGUAUAUUAACCAAACUAAGGUCUCAGACCUCAUAGAACUUACUGGACUUCUAGAUGGUCAAAGACAAAUUACCAUAUUAGGAAGCCCAGAUGGAGAAUCUUCUGAUGAUAGCCUUGUGGAUCUGGCUGUCGGACUGGGUGCCAGGUUCAUCAAGUUGGGAGGUCUUGCCCGCGGAGAAAGGGUGACCAAAUACAACCGCCUUCUUGCUAUAGAGGAAGAACUGGCCGAGAAUAGAACGCUACGUGAACCAACUCUUGAAUUUAUUGCUUUUCCUUAUGAAACACAGCCAGAAGAACCUUCUGAUGAACUCGCUCCCUCCACAGCUCUCCUAGACAGCCCCACAGGUUCACAGCCUGUCUGCACAGCUCCCGGCAAGCAGCAUACUGACUGACCCAGGUUGUCAACAUUCACUUCUGGAUAAAUUCCUAAAGAAAACCCUGUUCUAGUAAGAAACUCA